CAAACCUCAAGCGCGUCACCAGCCUCCCUCCAUCUCUGACACGGACGAUGGCAUCCGCACAUCAAAGACGUUUGCACACUACGCCCCGGGUGGAUACCACCCUGUCCGAAGAGGAGAUGUCUUCAACAACGGGAGGUACAGGAUCGUCACCAAACUUGGAUAUGGUGUUUACUCCACCGUCUGGCUUGCUUGCGACCUCGCGUUGGUUCUCAAAGUGACAUGUAACAUCUUCUAGAUCUGACGCGAGAAUACAGAGCCAAACGACACGUUGCAGUCAAGAUCCUCACAGCGGACUCUUUCGGGCACCAAAACGCCAUCUUUGAGCUGGACAUCCUAAAGUGUAUCAAGGCACAAGAACUGCAGCAUCCAGGAAAAAGCCAUAUUCUUGGGCUUCUGGACAACUUUGAGCACCAUGGUCCAAAUGGAAGCCACGUCUGUCUCGUGUUCAAGGCUAUGGGCCCGGACUUGACGAAAUACAGAAGGCUCUUCCCUGCUCUACGGAUUCCACCACCUCUUUUGAAAGGAAUUGCGAAACAGCUCUUGCUUGCCCUCUCCUUUCUUCACGAUGUGUGUCGGGUCAUCCAUACAGACAUAAAGCCAGGAAACCUUCUCAUUGAAACGUCUUCAAUCAACGAGAUGUUCGAGCAAGCGCCUUCAGAGGCCUUUCGACAACGUGUUUCGCCGCUGAAACCACCCAAUGACUUUUAUAUGGCGUCGACGCAGCUCUCUUCAGCCGAAGAGGAUAUAGCUCAGCCCACCGAAUUAUCUGUUCGGUUAGCAGACUUUGGAACCUCAAGCUGGCUCGACGACCAUUUGACUGAGUGGAUCCAGCCUGAGAUGCUUCGAGCACCUGAGGUGAUACUUGGAGCAGAGUGGGACAGGAAAGUCGACAUCUGGAACCUAGGACUCGUGAUCUGGGAGCUUGCCGAAGGUCGGCUUCUCUUUGACGGCACGUGGACACCUGGCGCUCCCUACACCGCAGAAGCUCACUUGGCACAAAUGACUGCCGUCUUUGGAAAUAUCCCCGAAACGCUAUUGUCUCGAUCCAAGAACAGAGAUCGAUACUUUGAUGCUGAUGGCAAACUCCUAGAGCCGUCUACUUUCCCACCUUGCUCUUUAGAACAGUUCAGCAAGAAUCCCGAUAAUUCAGAGGCUGAAAAGGAAAAGUUCUUGAGCUUUAUCCAUUCCAUGACCAGGCUAGAGCCGAAGCAACGACUCGAUGCGAAACAGUUGCUCGAAUCGGAGUGGCUAAGAUCCAUCCCUUGACGAUUCUAGAGCCGUGUUUCUUAGCGUGCGAGGAUAUCAAUGUAUGCUCAGCUCAUGUUCUCUGAAGCGCUUUAGCGAAAAGUUCAAUGAGUCGAGGAGCUAUAAUAACCACGGCUCAAGUGCGCGGGCGUCUGCAGCGGGCGACGAAUAUGGCGUUUGCCUCUCCAUUCAUGUUGUGGAGCUGUUGGGCCACGCCUAUCAAGGCUUUCGCGCGGCUAACAUGAGUUACAUCUACCUAUUUAGUAACGGCGUGAAAAGAAGAC